CAUCAGAUUGAGAGCCUGUGUUUCUGCUGGUCCCAGCUCCUCAUUCUCCCUCACUCCCAGGCACUGAACAGCACCCAGGGGCACACCCCCUCCCACACGCCUUCUCUGCUUCUGAUUUCCCUCCUCCUCACCGAAAUAUUCCGACAUUCCCCAGUGUACAGGAGGAGGGGAGCGGGUGACCCUCACGUUUGUAGCACUUCGACUGGGCAAAUCCAAAGAAGGGAGUCAGGCAAGAGUACGGGAGGGGGAAGGGGGGAAUCUUUUCCUCACUCCAGAAAGUUGAGCGCCCCUCUCUACCCACACUGCGGGGGUGGGGGUGGGGGUUUGAACCAGCAAUGUGCCCUGCCCUGAAGCUCUUUCCCCCUCCUCUGGUCUAAGAGUGGAGUCUUGAAAGAGAGAAAGCGGGAGGAGGGGUUGGUGGUGGAGAGGAGUCCUGCAACAUCUGUAAAACUUGGACUAGGAGAAGAAGGAGGAGGAGGAAAGGAGAGAGAGAGAGAGAGAGGAAGGCAAAAGGGACAACUUUUCCAACACGUAUUAGUGCGAGGAGAGCUGAAGUAAUGAGAAGUCAUCAUGGAGGCCCAGUCCCAUAGCUCUGCCACAGCCGAGAAGAAAAAAGUUGAGAAUUCCAUAGUGAAAUGCUCCACUCGAACAGAUGUCAGUGAGAAAGCUGUUGCCUCCAGCACAACUUCCAAUGAGGAUGAAAGUCCUGGACAGACCUAUCACAGAGAGAGAAGAAACGCAAUCACAAUGCAGCCACAAGGUGGGCAAGGCCUCAGUAAAAUCAGUGAAGAGCCUUCAACAUCUAGUGAGGAAAGGGCCUCAUUAAUAAAGAAGGAGAUCCAUGGAUCUAUAUCGCACCUUUCUGAGCCUUCUGUACCUUAUCGUGGGACGGUUUUUGCAAUGGACCCCAGGAAUGGUUACAUGGAUCCUCAUUAUCAUCCACCCCACCUUUUCCCAGCAUUCCACCCUCCUGUGCCAAUUGAUGCAAGACAUCACGAGGGACGUUACCAUUAUGAACCCUCUCCCAUUCCUCCACUGCAUGUGCCUUCUGCCUUAUCUAGUAGCCCAACAUAUUCAGAUCUUCCGUUCAUUAGAAUUUCCCCACACAGAAAUCCGGCUGCAACAUCAGAAUCUCCCUUCAGCCCUCCUCACCCUUAUAUUAACCCUUACAUGGACUACAUCCGAUCACUGCACAGUAGCCCGUCUCUGUCAAUGAUCUCGGCAGCCCGUGGACUCAGCCCUACAGACGCUCCACACGCUGGAGUCAGUCCAGCUGAAUAUUACCAUCAGAUGGCUCUAUUGGCAGGUCAGCGGAGCCCAUAUGCAGACAUUAUUCCUUCAGCUGCUACUGCAGGAGCUGGCGCCCUUCAUAUGGAAUACCUUCACGCCAUGGAUAGUGCCAGGUUUCCGAGUCCAAGGCUGUCAACUAGACCAAGCCGAAAGCGUACGCUGUCCAUAUCGCCCCUGUCUGAUCAUAGCUUUGACCUUCAGACCAUGAUACGGACAUCUCCAAACUCCUUGGUCACAAUUCUCAAUAAUUCUCGUAGCAGUUCUUCAGCUAGUGGUUCCUAUGGCCACUUAUCUGCAAGUGCAAUAAGUCCUGCUCUGAGUUUCACUUACCCUCCCACACCGGUAUCCCUCCAGCAAAUGCAUCAGCAAAUUAUAAGUCGUCAGCAAACCCUAGGUUCGGCCUUUGGACACAGCCCUCCACUCAUCCAUCCUGCCCCAACUUUUCCUACCCAGAGACCUAUCCCAGGCAUCCCUAGUGUCCUGAACCCUGUCCAGGUCAGCUCUGGUCCUUCCGAGUCCACGCAGCAGAAUAAACCCACAAGUGAAUCUGCAGUGAGCAGCACCGGGGAUCCAAUGCACAACAAGCGUUCCAAGAUAAAACCAGAUGAGGACCUCCCCAGUCCAGGUGCAGGAAACAUGCAGGAACAGCCAGAAGGAAUGACCCUUGUAAAGGAGGAAGGGGACAAAGAUGAAAGCAAGCAGGAGCCCGAAGUGGUCUAUGAGACGAACUGCCAUUGGGAAGGCUGUUCACGAGAGUUUGACACGCAGGAACAGCUAGUGCAUCAUAUAAACAAUGAUCAUAUACACGGAGAGAAGAAGGAGUUUGUGUGCCGAUGGCUGGAUUGUUCCCGGGAGCAGAAGCCGUUCAAAGCCCAGUAUAUGUUGGUGGUACACAUGAGGAGACACACAGGGGAAAAGCCACACAAAUGCACUUUUGAAGGUUGUACAAAGGCCUACUCCAGACUAGAAAACUUGAAAACCCACUUGAGAUCUCACACUGGAGAGAAACCAUAUGUGUGUGAGCAUGAGGGCUGCAACAAAGCAUUCUCUAAUGCCUCCGAUCGGGCCAAGCACCAAAACAGGACUCAUUCCAAUGAGAAACCAUAUGUUUGCAAGAUACCAGGCUGCACAAAGCGCUACACAGACCCCAGUUCUCUCCGGAAACACGUGAAGACUGUGCAUGGCCCCGAGGCACAUGUUACCAAGAAGCAGCGUGGAGAUAUUCAUCCCAGGCCUCCACCACCAAGAGACCCAGGCAGUCAUUCUCAAUCCAGAUCACCAGGCCAGCAGACUCAGGGUGCAACUGGCGAGCAAAAGGACCUCAGCAACACUACCUCAAAGCGGGAAGAAUGCCUCCAAGUGAAAGCUGUCAAGUCAGAAAAACCAAUGACAUCUCAGCCAAGCCCUGGUGGUCAGUCUACAUGCAGCAGCGAACAGUCCCCCAUCAGCAACUAUUCCCACCAUGGGAUCGAGCUUAAUCUGACCAGUGGAGGUAGUGUAGGAGACCUCAGUGUCAUUGAUGAAACCCCAAUCAUGGACUCUACCAUUUCCACCGCAACCACAGCACUUGGCUUACAGGCCAGGAGGAACAUGACAGGGACCAAAUGGAUGGAGCAAGUCAAAUUAGAAAGGUUGAAACAAGUUAAUGGAGUGCUUCCAAGACUGAAUCCCAUUCCACCUUCAAAAGCCCCAACCUUGCCACCUCUCAUAGGAAAUGGUAUCCAGUCAAGCAGCAGCUGCAGUUUAGGAGGAUCCAUGACUAUUCUACCCAACAGAAAUGAAAUUUCAAGCAUGGACAUCACAGUGUUAAAUAUGCUGAACAGGAGGGACAGCAGCACCAGCACAAUCAGUUCCGCCUACUUGAGUAGCCGUAGGUCCUCUGGAAUUUCACCUUGCUUUUCCAGUCGGAGAUCCAGUGAUGCUUCCCAAGCUGAGGGAAGGCCUCAGAACAUGAGUGUCGCCGACUCCUAUGACCCCAUCUCGACUGAUGCCUCCAGGCGAUCCAGUGAAGUGAGUCAGUGUGAUGGCCUGCCAAGCCUACUCAGCCUCACCCCAGCCCAGCAAUACAGGCUGAAAGCUAAAUAUGCAGCAGCUACUGGUGGACCCCCACCAACUCCACUGCCUAACAUGGAGAGGAUGAGCCUCAAAACAAGGAUGGCGUUGUUGGGUGAUUGCAGGGAGUCUGGAGUAUCUCCUCUGCCUCCAGUAAAUGCUCCUCGUAGAUGUAGUGAUGGCGGGGCAAAUAGUUAUAACAGGAGGCAUUUUCUGCCUCAUGAUGUGCUGGGAAAUGGGACAAGGAGAGCCAGCGAUCCAGUAAGAAUGGUCUCUGACAACCUUUCUCUGCCUAGAGUCCAGCGAUUCAACAGUCUUAAUAGCUUUAACCCUCCUGUUUUGCCUCCAUCUAUGGAAAAGCGAAACUUUAUUCUUCAGAACUAUACCCGCUCUGAUGGCGGCCUGUUCCGUAACGUCUACUCCCCAUGUCCUCCGAGUAUCAGUGAAAAUGUCACCAUGGAGGCCGCUACAAUGGAAGCGGAUGGUAGUCUGAAUGAUGAGGAUCUCCUGCCAGACGAUGUGGUUCAGUAUUUGAAUUCCCAGAACCAGGGCAUGUAUGACCACUUGCCAAACGAUGUCCUGGACAAUAACAAAGUGCAUCAUGGGUCAGCGAUAGGGAACAACAACUUUCACCAGGUCCCUUCACCAAACAGUCAACAGACCAGCUCUGAAGCAAACAAAAGCGAUCUGCCAAUCCAGUGGAAUGAAGUAAGCUCAGGAAGUUCCGACUUGUCUCCUUCAAAAAUGAAAUGUGGUCCACGCUCGGCAGGCCAGCAAACUCGAGCUUUCGGACUAUAUAACAAUAUGAUGGUCCAGCAGCAGAACCUGGAGAGAAAUGGUAUGGCCCUACAAAAUGGCUAUCAACAUCUUGUGGAAAACAACAGCUCUUACAGUUUACAUCAGAACAUGAUUAUCAGCAACACCACCACCAGUAACCCUUUCAACAUGCAGGCAAAUAAGGCACAGCCAUAUGGUGAAAGCAGCACCAGACAACCAAUGAUUUCUGGGGCAAUGGACAGUUCCUGUGGCAUAGUGAUUCAAGGGCAGAAGUUGAGAAACAACAGCAUGCUAAUAAACAAGAGUCAACAAAACUUUGGCCAUCCCAUGGUGCCAGGUGAGCAGUCUGUCAGUAUAGCUAAUGGGAUGCAGAAUAGAAAUACGAUAGAACAGGAAUACCCACAAAAUCAGCCAAUAGGGGAAGGCAUUCAUUAUCAGGGAGUCAAUCAAGUCAAUCAAAUGAUGUUAGGGCAGGUUAGUCCUACCUCACAAAUCAGCCUUUGUCAAGGGCCACAGAGUUGUCCACCAAUGUCUCACAACAUUGGAAACCAGCAAUCAGGUUUGGUGGUGACAAAGAGUUACCAGCCAUGUGCCAACUAUGGAGGCAACAGACGGCAAAACAUGCUGAGAAACAACCUGGCACAACAGCAAGGAUUUAUAAGCGAUGCAAACCAGACAUACAGGGUAAAUGGCAUUAAGAUGGAGAUGCAAGGUCAAUCACAACAGUUCUGCUCUAAUAUGCAGAAUUACUCUGGUCAGUUAUAUGACCAACCCAUGGGCUUUACUCAGCAAGCCAUGAAAACAGGUUCUUUCUCUAUUUUGGAAGCUAACUGCCUGCUGCAGGGGACUGGUACUGCAAACUCGUCUGAGCUUCUUUCCCCAGGGGCUAACCAAGUGACAAGCACAGUUGACAGCAUUGACAGCAACAGCCUAGAAGGUGUGCAGAUUGAUUUCGAUGCUAUCAUAGAUGAUGGGGACCAUGCCAGCUUAAUUUCAGGAGCCCUGAGUCCGAGUAUCAUUCAGAAUCUCUCACACAAUUCUUCACGCCUCACCACUCCCCGAGCGUCUCUUACAUUCCCAGCUAUGCCUGUGAGCACAACAAACAUGGCUAUUGGGGACAUGAGUUCUUUGUUGACCUCACUUGCAGAAGAAAGCAAGUUUCUUGCUGUUAUGCAAUAGACAUGGGGAAAAAAAACCUUACGAGAUAAUAGAUAAAAAGUGACUCAUUUUUUAGUUGUGUAUGUAUUUUAGCAAUCUCAUCUCACCUAAAUGGGAUGUGUUUCAAGUAUAUUCCUUUUAUGGAAUAAGGACUCCAAAAACCCUAAAGUGUUCUAGGGAGAAACUGUCUUCCAUUUCAGUUUUGAAUCAGUAUUGUUAGACCCACUCCUCUCUCUCUUUUUUUAAAUGUCUGUAUACUUUUUUCUUUUUUUAUUGUAAACCAAUGUAAACGUGUGAAGUGCAUGUUUUGUUUUGUUUUUUAAAGGAAGAUCUAAUGAAAUGACUUUGCAAUUUUCUUUUACUCAAAGGAAACACAGUCUUGUAUGAUUGUUGCCAAUGUUUUUAUUUAUGUAGGCACAAAACAACCAGGCAUGAUAUACAGAGUAGAUACAGUGAGUAAAGAGAGCAUCUGUGAAUGCGUUGCUGUAAGGUGGACAACCGGUCUAUGAACAAAUCUGCUCAUACUGUUCCCUGAUCAAGUACCCAUAACUGUGUGGCAAAAGAUAUCUGGGGCUUUAGCAAAUAAGAAAUGCAAAAUCAACAAACUAUUUUGUCCCGAAUAAGUAUGUGUGUAUGUACACAAGCCCACAUACACAGACCUUGCACUGCAACUGGUGAGCCGAAACUGUACCAUUUCUAUGACAACCCCCUUUUGGAGGGUUUAAAAAAUCCCUUUGGGAACACAAUUCACAUAUUUAGCAGAAUUUGGUCUACACUUUUUUCCAGACAUUAUUCGACAAGAGGAGAAGAAAAAUAAAUGGAUGUCUGGUGAUUUGGGUAUUUUUUAUACUCUUCAUCAAAUACAGCAUUAAUUUUUGUAAUUGCAAUAAUUACACCUAGUUCUGCACUGUUGAAACUAGGGGAAGUUUUGCCAUUUGCUUUAGUGAGUGCAGAAACAGGCUCUAAGGUCCAGAUGCUCAAAGGUAUUUGGGUGCCUAAUUCCCAUUGAUUUUAAUGAGAGUUAGGUGCCUAAAUACCAAUGAGACUCUGGGCCUAAGUCCAUAAGGUAGCCCAGUGUCAUUUUAAUUCAGGUGGAGGUUUUAAAAAUCAGCUACUCACUGUCCCCAGAACAAUUGCUUUUUCACAGAGAUAUUUAGUAAAAAUCUUCACUAUUCACUUGCGGCAGAGUACAUAUUUUUAUUAAACAUGUAAACUCCUAUUGACAUACUGCACACUAAUAACUUGAAAAGAACCAUGAAUC